AGCAAACAAGGACUUAUCUCGUAUCUGACAUUAACUGGAUAAUAACUAUGACUCUGGAAGAAUUUCGUGGACAGGACAACACCGUCGAAGCCAGUGACAGAAUGCAGUCCGCUGGCAGUGCCCUUGAGGAGCUUUUGGUUUCUGCGAAGAAACAAGACUGUCUAACAGUUGGUGUCUACGAGUCUGCACAAGUCAUGAAUGUUGACCCAGACAGCGUGGCUUUCUGCGUGCUGGCGUCAGACGAAGAGUACGAGUGUGACAUCGCGUUGCAGAUCCACUUCACCCUGAUCCAGGCGUUCUGCUUUGACAACGACAUCAACGUGGUCAGGGUGAAUGACAUCGAGCGUCUCGCCGAUAUCCUCGGCACCGAGGAGUCCGGGGAAGCUAAAGAUGCACACUGCAUUGUAGUCACGAGCCCCAACGCAGACUCCUGGAAGGGCUCCGCUCUGGAGACGCUCACCAUGUUUUGCGAGGAGAGCCGCAGCGUGUACGAGUGGGUGCCAACCAUCACCCUUCCUGAGCGAUGAACCCUGACGUCUGGUCGGAGAAGGCGACAAUGAUGAUGAUGAAGAUGGUGAAAACGCUUAACCUCUGGUUGCGGUGUCAUCCUACCAGAGCAGGUGGAUCACACUCUGGCAAAUUCCAGAACUCUCUGGAUUAUCCUGCGGGAGGGAUCAGAUGAAAGUGGAUUGGCUUGGGGCGCGUUUGAAUGUCCUGGAGAGCAGUCUGGAACUGAGCGCAGUGGGGACCUUCACAGGGAGAACUGGGACAUUCUCUGCAGAACCCUGUCUGCAACCCCCUGACCGCAGUGGUGGUCAGUUGAACCAGGGGGGCGUUCGAGGACCAGAGACGAAGGUGGCAAUGACCUCUUGAGGCUGUGGAGACAAAGGUUAUGGGGACUUUUUUUGUGAAGGAGAAACAAAAAAGUCAAAUCCUGCAAGGGGCAUGAAGGGAAAAAAGAACUGAACUGGCUAUAAAAGACAUGAACCGAGGCGCAGGUGACACAAGCUCCUUGUUGCAAAAGGGGACGUUUUUAUGUUUUCUGCACGUGGAGAUGAGGAGAUGAGACUGUCCUGGCAGCAAGACAGCGCAGAGACUCUUCAGGGUGUUGAUUCACUGCUUCACUCUGACUUCAGUGAAAGAGAGAGUGAGCAGUAAUGUGUCAUUGUGUCAACCUGUUUUGAAACUGUAGAGCGACCUCAU